AUGAAUGGGGGCGGGCCCAGUGUCUCAGCCCUCUCCCCAUUGGCUCUCCCGGUGCUGGGGGUGGUCCUCUCCCGGUGCACCAGUCCCACUCCCUGCCUCAGCCUCGGAGACACCGGAGACUCUCCUGUGCGCGCACGGACCUCCACAGUCGACCCUCCACACCCGGAUAUUGGGCUUCUUCCCCCGGAGUCACGUCUGCCCCGGGGCCGUCUGGGUCCGCCGUGCGUCCUUGGACUAUCUCCCCGGGUUUUCCUCCCCGCCCUUGGACUCGGCUCUCUCCGUGCAGCCUCUUCGGAAAACAGGUGA